UCUGCCCCGCCCCCGAGCCGUUACCAAGCGCGCAAGCAACAGCCGCCGUUACAGCCGCUCCCGGUGGCACGCUCGCCGCGCACUCCUCACUGACACACACACACACACACACACACACACGCACCUCCUUCCAAAGGGGGAAGCUAUGCGCGCCGCCCGGUGCCGGCGGGAGCGUCCGGUGACCUUGUGACCUUUCCGUCGGGAUUACACCGGCGGGAUUGAAACGUGAACUUUGGAAGAAUCGAAGGCGACCCGGCGUUCAUUUGUUUUCCAAGACGCUCGGAGCGACUCGGCCGGACGCAGGGAGCGAUGCGGUCCUUCCUCUCUACCCUGGCUGUCUUGUAUAUCCAGAUGAUGCUGGUGAUGUGUAAUCCUCUGCAGGUGUUCGGAGUUGAUGGCGUGAACUUCAGCAUGCACGUGGAGAAUCAGACUCGUGCACGAGACCCCAUGAGCCGGCGACAGCCCCGAGUCUACCAGCUCUACAGUCGCACCAGCUGUAAACAUGUCCAAGUGCUUGGCCGAAGAAUCAGUGCCCGCGGGGAGGACGGAGACAAAUUUGCCCAGCUUGUAGUGGAGGCAGACACAUUCGGCAGCCAGGUGCGAAUCAGGGGGAAGGAGACCAACUACUACCUGUGUAUGAACCGCAGGGGCAAACUUGUAGGCAAGAAGGCCAGUAAUCGCAGUGAGGACUGUGUCUUUAUUGAGAUGGUGCUUGAGAACAACUACACAGCAUUAAUGUCAGCACGUUACAAAGACUGGUAUGUGGGCUUCACCAAGAGGGGGCGACCUCGUCGUGGCCCACAGACGCUUCUAAACCAACAAGACGUUCAUUUCAUGAAGCGCCUUCCUCCAGGGGAGCAGCCGGACCACAUGCCAUUUCGUUUCACCACUGUCAGCAAGAGGAGCAAAAGAGUCCGUGCUGCGCGACCACGCUAACUUACGCUUCAAUAAAGCUAAAAACCCACUGUCCCUCUAAGGGACACUGAUAACAUUUAAAUCAGGGCCUUGCAACAAAAGACAGCCCUAGACUACAUCCCGGUAAAUGGGACCAUGAUAAUGUUUAAAUCAGGACCUGCUAAGGAAAAAAAUAGACUAAUGGGACCAUGUUAAUGCUAACAGGAGCUGAUGUGGAUGGAAAGUCCAACCCCUGUUCACUGGUUAAAUGUGGAGUGCUUUUCUUUUGAAGAUUAUGCUGUACAGUUGUACUGUAGCAUUCUCCAGUAAACAGGAUCUAAACUGGACCAGCUAUUAUACCAAAAAUGUGCUAUUCCCCACCAGAGCCUUGACUUUAGCCUGGCACCAACAUGCUAAACCAAGCCCAAACAUGAUGCAGCGAUGAGUUGUAGACAUUUUCUAUGGACUAAAGAAACAGAAAAACUGACAACUAACAACCCUCAAUACAGCGUGGGAGACACCGGACUCUACAGUCUACUAACCAACCUCUCAUAAAGACAGUUCUCUCUUACACACAGCAUAGUCUUCACUCAGGAUUCCCAGAACAAGAUUCAUGAAAAUGUGACUGUGAGAGAAGAAUGAAUCUUCUGGAAUCAUUUAGAGGGGUGUGAGAUUUAAAUUCAGUAAGGAUUAAAAAAAGACUCCGGAGUGGAAUAAAGGAGAGACUACAUUUGAAAUCUCUCCUUCUCCCCCUGCCUGCAAGCUAGUAUGAAUUUAAGACUGCGUGCAUGUGUGUAUGUGAGUGUGUGUGUGUUUGUGUAUCUAAAAGAGUGUUUCAGGUUGCACCAAAGACCACAUUGGAUGCUCCCACAGAUGACGUUGCAGAGUACAUCUGCGUAGGUGACCUUAAGGGGAACAAAUGUGCUUGCCUUUGUCUGGAAGAACCUACUAAAACUGGAAUGUAAUAAUAAUAAUAAUAAUAAUAAUAAUAAUAAUAAUAAUAAUAUUAAAAGGCCAAGAAAGUCCUUAGUAAGCUGCACCAAAAAAAUUAACUAUUGACCAAAGAGAACUGGAGACCAGUGAUCAAUAUGACUAUACCCCGCACCCUAAAACUCCUGAAUCCAGCAGCCUAUCAGAGUGCAGGACUUAGCAGUGGGACAGGAAAGGGGCGGAGUCUUCCCUCUAUAUCCCUUUUGCUUUUGAAAUGACAGAAGGAGCAAUGUUCCUGUUUGGAUUCCAACUGGAAUGCUGCUAAUGUAAAAUUCAGACAAAGUACCAAAGUCAUAUAUGUUAUUGUUAAAAGUAA